UUGCACAUCCCUAUAACGACUCAUCUUCGCAUUAUCCAUCAUCUUCAUCCUCAAGCUCUCACCAACCCUCCCUUCGAGCUUUCUCAAUCCACAAAAAAUGGCGUCCAAUCUCAAACCAACACUCGCAUACAUAAUUCUCUACGUCCAAGACGUCGCUAAAUCAGUCGAUUUCUACUCCAAAGCCUUCGGUUUCACCGUUCGUCGCCUCGACGAUUCCAACAGGUGGGGAGAGCUCGUAAGCGGAGAAACAACAAUCGCAUUGACACCUAUACACCAGCACGAAACAGAGGAUCUGACGGGCGUAGUUCAAACCCCAUCCUCAAAUCGCGAACGAAACCCUAUCGAGAUCUGCAUCGAUUAUUCGGAUGUGGAUGCAGCGUAUCAGCGGGCGGUAGAGAAUGGUGCGGCGGAGGUGAGUCGGCCGGAGGGGAAAGAGUGGAAUCAGAAGGUGGGUUAUGUACGGGAUAUUGAUGGAAUGGUGGUGCGGAUGGGUAGCCAUGUGAAUCAUCCAAAACAGAGCUGAAUCACUGGGUGGUGGUGUUCUUCUUCAACCUUAGUGAAGAUGAAUUAACCUUAACAAGUAUGAAUGAAUCUGUGAUUUCAAUUUCAGUUUAUGGAUGGAUUUCAAGUUCAAUAUGAUUAAAGUAGUUGAAUGUAUGAGUCCUAAACACACCAAAACACCCUAGUCCAAGUCCUCUACCGAUGACGUUAGAUAUCAAGUUGAAAGAGAGAGUGAUUCAAUUUGGGUUUAAAAGAAUUGUCUGAUUUUAGUCUCCCCAUAAAUCUUUUUGAUAGAACUUACUCGUUUGACAUUAAUGCAUGUUGAUGUGGUUCAAUAGAAAAAAA